UUAUUAGAUCACAAAAACUCAAAUUUUAGCAUCAACAAACAAAGAUUCUAAAUUUCCAUUUUGUUCAGUUUGAAUCCAAAUACAAAAACAAAAUCAAACCUGAAAACCCUAACCCUAAAGAUUUGGUUAUAAGUUUCCAAAUAAAAACAGUGAGAAAAACAAGAGUGAAUUUAAAACAUUGAUUUUAACAAUUUUAAAAUUCACAUUUUAUUUUUUCUUAUCAUUUCUGAUCUAGUUUUCUUCAAUACAACUAUUUAAAUCUCUCUCUCCCCAACAUUUUGAGUUUCCAAAGUUAGCUAAUUUCAAGAUCCCAAACUUAAUUCCCCUGAAAUUCUCAAACUUGGCCCAAAAAAGAUUCAAUUUUUAUCACAACCCUUAUGGUUAUUCCCCAUGAAAACCUGUAAUUCAGCUUAAAAAUCUGAACUUUGAUUUGAUUUUUCAUCUGGGUAUUAUUAAUUACAUAUGCCCCAUCAUCAAGUUGAUCGCCAUGGGAGCAGAGAAAAGAUGGCUUUUUACUCUAUUCUCUGCAGCAUUUUUAUCUCUUUUAUUUCUAUUAUUUUACUCAAUUUCUGCUAUUAGUUCUCCAAAAUCUUUCCCUUCUGUAGUUCAUCAUGGAACUCAUUAUCCUCCAGCUUUUGCAUACUAUAUCUCCGGUGGCCGCGGCGAUGGGGACCGGAUCCUUAGGCUUUUGCUGGCUGUGUAUCACCCUAGGAACCAUUAUUUGUUGCAUUUGAGUGCUGAUGCAUCAGAUGAGGAGAGGGUGAGGCUUGUUGGGGCUUUGAAUGCAGUGCCUGCUAUCAGGUCUUUUGCUAAUGUUGAUGUCAUUGGGAAGCCUAGUCGGCUUGUUUAUAUGGGCUCCUCUCAUUUGGCUGCAACUUUACGCGCUGCCGCGAUUUUGUUGAAGGUGCAAUCGGGUUGGAACUGGUUUGUGGAAUUGAGUGCAUUGGAUUAUCCUUUAUUGACUCAGGAUGAUUUAUCCCACGUGUUCUCCUCUAUUACAAGAGACCUUAAUUUCAUCGACCACACCAGUGAUCUUGGGUGGAAAGAAUCUCAAAGGUUCCAGCCAAUUGUUGUUGACCCUGGAAUUUACCUUGCGAGGAGGAGCCAGAUUUUUUAUGCUACCGAGAAGCGUGGAAUACCCGAGGGUUUCAAAGUGUUCACAGGUUCCCGAUGGAUCAUCUUGAGCCGAUCAUUUCUUGAAUUUUGCAUUCUGGGUUGGGAUAAUCUUCCUCGAAUGCUUCUUAUGUACUUCAACAAUGUGAUAUUAUCUGAAGAAGCAUAUUUCCACUCUGUCAUAUGCAAUGCACCAGAAUUUAAGAAUUCUACUUUAAACAGUGAUCUAAGAUAUAUGGUCUGGGACAAUCCUCCGAAGAUGGACCCACAUUUUUUAAACAUUUCUGAUUACGAUCAAAUGGCUCAAAGUGGAGCAGCUUUUGCGAGACAGUUCAAGAGCAAUGAUCCUAUUUUGGAUAUGAUUGAUGAGAAGAUCCUCAAGCGUGGAUUUAAUCGAGCUGCUCCGGGUGCAUGGUGCACUGGCCGAAGAAGCUGGUGGAUGGAUCCUUGCUCUCAGUGGGGCGAUGUUAAUGUCGUUAAGCCUGGGCCCCAGGCUAAAAAAUUUGAGGAAACUAUCAGAGACCUUCUUGAUGAGUGGAAUUCACAGAUGAAUCAAUGCAAAUGAAGUCACACUUUUCUGCAUCUGAAUUUUGUCCAUAUCAUUCCUAGAAACUCGAGUCUUCGGUCAUUAGGUCCGUUUUUGGGGGCUCUCUCGAUCGCAUGCUAUAAGGAAUAUUACGGAAGUGGCAGAAUCGAAGAGGGUGGACAAGUGAAUUCACUUGAGGGUAUUUGAUUGUAAUCUGUCAUGGUAGUUUCUGUCCAUAUGGCUGCGGCAGUUUUGACAGUUUCAAUCAAUAAAAGUAAUGAUUUUUCUCGUCGUGCUGCCGAUUUAGCAAGCCGUUGUAUGUUCAAAAGUUUUGAAGUUGUUUAGCUUUAGCAUUCUUCCGACACUGUAACAGAAGUUCAUUCUUUUAAUUCUGAUUUGUUCUCA